AUGAAUCCAAAAAGUUCGCUAAAAAAUAUUACCGCGAAUAUUCAACAACCUGUAAAAGAUGUCGAAUUAAAAAAACCAUCACGAAAAAGAUUCGAUUCAAAAGUGUUGACCAAAGGUCGUCGAAGUCAAAGUUUGGAUCGAAUAUUGGACGACAUAAGCGGUGACUCACGUGAAGAACGUCGAAAUCGACGACAAUUCAUGAAUUUGAUUUCGGAAAAAAAUGAGCAAAUUGAAAAAUUGAUAAAGCGCGUCACUACAUUGCAUUCAUUAAAUAACGAAUUUGCCGUUGAACACGAAAAACUUGAGAAUGAAUUGCAAGAAUCUCAACAACGUUGCAUGGAGUAUGAACAAGAGCGAGAAAAGGGCUGCGAUUCGUGUCGUUCGUUGACCAAAAAUAACAAGGAAAAUCAAUUAGAAAUCGAUCGAUUGUUCAGUGAAAAUGAACAGUUGGUCAGCGAUAUAAAUAUGAUGAAAGUGCUCAUCUAUCGUUUGAAUGUACAACUUGAAAAUUAUCAAGAACUAUUGCGUAAACAAGAUAACGAUGGAAAAUACAUUCAUAAUCGAAAGCAUGUUCAUGAGAUGUCGGCCAUAAAUUAUGAGAAUAUCGAAUCAAUCGAUUGGGGUUGCGUUCAAUCAUUUGUAUUGGCACCUCUGUUGAAUGCAUACCAAGAAACCAUACGCGAAAAGAAUAAUUUAGUCAAACAAUAUGAGACGGAACUAAAUCAGGAAAGUGGACGAAUAAAGGAGAUUUUAAGCGAAAAUGAGGGACUACAUGAACAAAUUGAACAUAUGAAACAAUCUGAUGAUUCAUGGCAUGCGGAAAAAGUUCGAUUACAGGCUCAAUUGGAUGUGUGCAGAAAUAAAGCGGAAAUUCAUUCAAAACGUGCUGAUUUAGCGAAAGAAAAAUUAUUGGAGGUAAUGCGACUUUAUGAACAGAAAAUUCAAUCGCAAUCGAUUGAUAUUGAACGUCUUCAAGAAGCAUAUAAUCGAUUAAAGGGUGAACAAAGCAAUUGUAGGACUAUGCAUGAGCAACCCGAAUUGGUUAUCGAACGGCUGAAAGAAUGCCAAAGAUUAUUUGAUGAAGCUAAAGUGCAGCACGAAACCGAACGAACCAAACUGAAUGACGAAAUAAUGACACUCAAGGAAACAAAUCAGAAAAAUGAGGUUGAGAACCAAAGUUUGAAACUAAGAAUAAUCGAACAAAAAACAACAAUCGAUGCACAAAACGUAAAAAUUAACGUUUUUGAGAAGAAAAUUGAGAAAAUCCGUCGAAAAUUUGUGCAUUUGCAACAAUCACGUGCGAUGAUAAAAAGCCGCUUGAAAAGUGCCAUAACCUGGAAUCAAAAAGUUGAAGCGGCCGCAAAGACAAUCUCUUGGCCAAAUUUGCAGAAAAUCGAACAGAUGCUACGGCAAAAGGACACACAACUGCAACAAAUUCACAUUCAAUAUAAGAACGAUGUGGAAAAUUUACAAAAAAAACUGCACCGGCGAGAUGAAACACUGCGAAAAGUGCUGUUGAACAAAGUCAAGAAAAAAUGCUCUUCUUAA